AUGAAUAGCUCCAUGACAUCAGUUACUACCACAUCUCUGCCGACGCCGGCCCACAGCGUCAACGCCUGCGACUCCUCUCACGAUAUCAACAUGACUGACGCCGACUCGCCCAACAAGCGCAAGCGUCAACUCGACGACAUGGGCGACCAAGAGCACAAGAAAACACACCUCGAGGAUCCUCGCAGACUGGGUAUUGAAAACCUACAUUUGGAUGUCGGCCCCAAAUACCUUCUCUUGAGAACUCCCCGUUCUGCCGCUUCUCCUCGCACUUCAGAUGACCUCUUUGAGAGAUUCGGCCUGGCCGACAUUGUUGCCGAGGUUGCACGGACAAAGCCGAAUGGCGAGAAGAACGCCCUCAGAAAGACCUUCAAGGGCCAGAUCAAGAGCCUUGGUAUCAGCGGCUCCUUCGACCCCGUACGCAAGGAAUCUGAUGACCCCGAGGGCUUCAAGCACAUGGUCACCGCACCCGACGACGGUUGGUAUGUUCACGAGGUCAUGGGCAAGGAGAUCCAGAAGGGCUUUUCAGAUCAGGUCUUGAACAGCCUGUCGCGAGCAAUGACCAUGGCCAAAGGUCCCGUCUCGAAGCAGAUCUGGGACAGUUCCGUUCUUGGCGAUCUAGCACCUGGUGUUGCUAAGAAGGCCAAGGAUGACGUCUCGAAGCAAGCUGCACCCAGCACUCCGGCGGCAGUAGCAGCAAUAGGCGCAAGUACGGUAAAGCCAAACAAGCUUCAAGUGCCGCAAGCAGAUCGCAACCGACGGCUCGGCAAGAAGCGAAGUUAUCAGGACAGCAGUUUUGAGGGGUACAGCGACGGCUUCCCUGAUGACGAUCAAGGUGCAGAGACUGGCUACUCGACGGGAGACGGUGACGACCGGUCGGCAAAGAAGCGGAGAAAACAGAAUUCCGGCAUCGUCUCGUCAUUGGGCGCAGGCAUACGCCAGGCGGUACGAUAA